AGACGCUUGCUGGUUGCGCGACCAGUCAACGUCAACUUCAACAGCGAUGGCAGAUGAGCCGCCAGCCGCAAGCUCUGAAAGUUGCUCGAAUCCUGCAAAAACCCCCACAAUCACCGUGCACGUCAAAACGCAAAGGUCGCGCCACUCCUUCCACGUGCCCGAAGACAUGGAAGUGAAGGCUUUCCAGCAGCUGAUCGCGCCCGAGUUCGAGGCAGACCCCGACCAGGUGUGCCUCAUUUUCGGGGGCAAAAUCCUAAAGUGCGGCAGCAGCCUCAAAGGCUGCAACAUCAAGGAGGGCCAGACGGUGCACUUGGUGGUGCGCGCCGCCCCCUCCAACCCAGAGCCGCCCAGAUCCGCUGCGCCGAACCUUCCAAUCGCCGACCUGCUGGCCAGCCUGCUAAACAGCCCCCUGAUGGCGCCAGAGAGGGUUCAAUCGCUGAUGCUCAACUCUCCGCAGAUGCAGACGAUCGUGGACAGCAAUCCGGAAGUCGGGCACAUUGUGCAGGAUCCCGAUCUGCUGCGCCAGACUGUGGAAAGCUGGAGGAACCCGGCUGUUUGGGAGGAGGUGAUCAGGAGGCAUGACAGGGCCAUGAACAACUUGGAGAGUAUCCCUGGGGGACUCAACGCCCUGGAGAGGAUGUACCGGGAUGUGCAGGAACCGCUUCUAUCAGCAGCGGCUGAGCGGGACGCGCCGCCCCCAUUCGCUGGCCUGGACGCGGACAGCGACCCCAACAAUGUCCAGCAGGGGGCGGAGAAUAAUGAUCCGCUUCCAAACCCUUGGAACCACUCGCUGUUGGAGCAUCUGCAAGAGGUAGUGGGCGCGGAUAUUGACGUAGCGGUAGCGAUCCGCGCCCUCCUGCAGCAGCUGAGUGAAACGCUGAUGGUCAAUCCGUUGGAGCCGGACAAUCCGUGUUUAGCACCGCCAGCAGGGGCGCCGCCUGCCGACGGGUCGGCACCCGCUGCUCAAACGGGGUUUUCCCAAUUUUUGUCCAGCCUGUCCAGCCAAGCAGAGCGAGCCGAGCUGCGCUACCAGCACCAGCUGGACCAAUUGGCCGCCAUGGGGUUUAUGAACCGAGAGGCCAACCUGGAGGCGCUGAUCUUUAGCCUUGGCGAUGUGAACGGGGCUGUGGAGCGUCUCCUACUUGCGCGGAAUUUCACCUAGCUGAAAGGGUAUUUCAGAUGUGGUUGAUGUGCCAAUUUAGGUUAGAAAGUCCUGUUUCUUGUUAGUUUGCCAAUAAAAUUCUAGUUAAUGGGA